AUGAUAAACUACGUUAACAUUACAUGUAUAAUAUUUAGCACUCGUACGUUACUAGUCUUUGACACAAGUUUAUAUAUCCCCCCCUUUAUGUUAUCGUUUAUUGGCUACAGCCUCAGUAAUCAAAAUAGUCCACUAUUUCUAUAUCAUUAA